AAGAAAUUCAAAGUUUGAACCAGAACAAUUCAAUUGAAGAGAUUGAUAAAGAAAUUGCCCAUUUGCAAGCCUUAAAGAAGCAAAAUACAAAAGUUCAUUUAAAACAACACAAUCUAAGUAAUUCUUCUUGUGGCACCUCUAAUAGUCCUUCUCGAAACACUAUGUGA